AUGGCACUUUUCGAACCCAAGACCGUAGAUCUCACAGUCUUGAAAUCAACACCCAAGACUAUCGUCAUCACAGGCGGCUCAUCUGGCAUUGGCCUCGCAACAGCGCAACUCCUCUCCACCCUCAAUCCAUCACAUAAUCUUGUCCUCAUCGACUUGAACCCACCCCCCUCGACCUUCAAACAUGAUCCCUCCCACCUUGUAGUCCACACCUGCAACAUCAUAUCCUGGGCCUCCCAACGCGCUGGUUUCGAAGCCGCCUACACACGCUUCGGACGAAUCGACUGCGUCUUCGUGAACGCCGGGAUCGCCGAGCACGGCGAGCAAUUCUUCACUGACGAGCUCGAUGGUGACGGGAAGCUGAAAGAACCGGACCGCAGGGUGCUGAACAUCGACAUGGAUGCUGCGAGCGAUACGACGAAGCUUGCGAUUCACUAUUUGAGGAAGAAUGAAGAGGGGGGUGAAAUUGUGCUCACGGCGAGUUUGGCGGGGUAUUUGGCGAGUGCGGGGGCGCCGUUAUACAGUGCUGCUAAGCAUGGUGUCGUGGGACUCAUGCGUGCGCUCAAGCAGGAGUGCGCUAAGCUGGACAUCUCGGUCUCUGUAAUCGCUCCUGCCAUUACGGUCACACCUAUCUUGACCGACAACAACAAGCGUCUGGGCGCAUCGCCAGAGGUGUAUGCCAAAGAGAUGGCUGCUAAGGGUGUGCCUAUCAAUCAGCCUGAGGACAUCGCGCUGGCAGUGUGUUGGCUAUUAAACGAGCGUAGCAAGGCGAAUGGAGCGGGACUGCUAAUCCAAGGGGGCAAAGUUGUAGAUCUGGAGAGAGGGUUGGCGAAGAGCCGAGAGCAGUGGAUGAGCAAAGAGAUGCUGGCGUUAUUUAGAGGAGGACGAUCUGCGCCGCUGUUCGAUCGCCUGGGGGCGGAGACAAAGGCCAAGAUUUGA